AUGGACCUCAUGAAUGCUAUCAUGGUACGGAGUUCUCUCUAUGCGACAGAUGUGAGCUCUCCCUAUAACGAAUUCUGCUUGAAUAGCCGUUCCGGCUUACAUCUGUACAUGAACUCUGUACUUCAAGAUAUUCAGGCUCGUGGAUUCAACAUCCUUCAUAUACUGGGCUUUAGUCCCCCAAAUGAGGGUUAUUACUUUGAAGACUCACUUCGCUGUCUGGGCCAUGAGAGUGACCCAAGGCCGAUAGAGGAAGAAAAGAUCUAUCCAGAGGCGGGGGCAGAUGUCAGUGGUUAUUGUCAUGGAGAUAAACCCGUCCAGGAUAGAGGAUUGGUUCUAGAGGCUUUAAAAAGCCUCGCUCGUCUAUCCUGGAGGAAGCCAAAGAAGCCACAGAAGCCAGAUCAAAAAAGAAUAGUGUUCAAAAGCAGCCGGGGACAAUACAUCCAAGAACAUUGUGAGGCUGAAUAUGUGGAUCGUUUGCGCUAUUACCUCGAUGAUCCGACUAGUGCGUUACUUCAAGAAGAUCUGCGGGAAAACGCGUCAGAACUUACGUUGCUGGUCCAGACUGCUCAGACAGCAGUUCGCUUCGCAUCUAGGCUCGCCUUUACAGAUUGGGACCAAACUAUGCGCACUAUGUCUACUCGGGCCUUUUCUCGCAAAAGUCCCGCUGAGUUGCAAGGAGUAACAAUGAAUUUUUAUUUCUCCAUCGGAGAAAUUAUCUGGCUCUGCUGGGACGGAAUUACAAUCAGUCACAUAGAGAAAAGCCGCUAUACCGAAGAUUGGAUUGGGUUGGACAUCGGUGGAGCCAUCAUCCUUCGCCAAGCGGCACUGCCAGCCGCUUUAUAUGCCCUCAAGGGCCGGAUUCUGGGCUUACGCAGAGGCGCAAUUAUGUAUGAAAGACAAAGAUUCGUCAAAAUCAGAACGGAAAACAGUGAUGCCGAUUCCCAGGAUUCCCAGGGAAGGGCUUUUUUUUGGCCAGCCCUGCCCCAGCAGAAUUCAGUCCAACCACACAACGCUUAUCCAUCAAUUCGUUCUCGAUCUCUAUUCACAACUCUGGCUGACGCCGUUUGGUUCCGUUUUGACGUGUUGCUUAGCCCAGAUGAGUGUGUGAUCGGUAACGGCAGCUUGGCUGCUAGCUUCAUUCCUUACUUCCUUAUCACAAUCUCGUGUGAACACGGAUACGAAAGGGAGAUGGCCCUUGCCGAGACAAAGGGGCACCUAGUAAGUAGAAACAUGCUAGGACAGUGGCUUUCAUUUCAUAUUCUGGGAACUCGACAUCAAAAAACAAAGGCGAAAAACCUGAUUGUCACCACAAAACACUUGAUUGGCUUCGAGUAUCUCUUCAUGAUAAACCACUAA